UUGUCAGAUGACCAAAACAAAGCUGAUACGUAUUUUGUGAAAUUCUCCUGUAAUUUGUGUUUUUCUUGGUGACUCAUUCAUUGUGGAAAAUUAAAAAUUGUAGUGCGGAAAAAAGUUAUUUAAGUGUUUUUCCUAGCUCGUACUGUUGUUCCCGCAUUGUGCUUUGAGCUAUCAUCAAAAUAUACGGGAAAAUGUCCCUCAAUACUGCUCACGCAAAUAACGGAGUGUUGAUCCAUGCCGGAGAAGGUAUUCUAAUCUUCUGUGACAAUGUAUCAAUGGAGUUCAGUGGUCAGGACAGCACGGCCUUCAAGGGCACCAAGCAAGGUCGCGUUUAUCUCACAACGCAUCGCAUGAUUUUCAACAACAAGAAAGCCAGCGACUCAAUGCAGUCGUUUAGUUUUCCAUUCGUGACGCUCAAUGAUGUUCAACUCGAACAGCCAGUAUUUGGCGCAAACUACAUCAAAGGUAAAGUGCGUGCGCAAGAGAAUGGUAACUGGACUGGAGAAGCCAAGUUUAAGCUCGUUUUCAAGCACGGUGGAGCCAUUGAUUACGGACAGGCUAUGCUGAGAGCGGCUGCAAUGGCUCAGCGUAAUGCUGGCACAGCGCCACCACCGCCUUACACUCCUCCGGGUGGUGGUUGGUAUGCUGCGCCUCCGCCGGCGUACACUCCGAAUCCGUACAACUAUGGAUGGGUUCCGUCUUCGACUGUUUUUCCUGACCAACCGGCCCCGAAUUCAAUUUAUAUGCACGACAGUCCACCGCCGUAUCCGGGAAUCAUAUCCGGACCACCACAAGGUCAUCCGCAAGGCUAUCCUCCACAGGCGUAUCCGCCUCAGAAUGGGUCUGCGUAUCCACCGCAGCAGCCGGGAUACCCAAUGCAAAACGGUGCCCCAGGAUAUGGCUUUACAGGUGGGCCAGGUGUAUCUGGGGCACCUGCUGGGGCCAUGGGUUUUACCCAACCACCUCCAGCAAAUUCGAAAGAGGCUGAAGCCGCUCAGAGCGCGUACUACGAUCCGAAUCAACCACAAACGGCAUACGUUCCACCACCAGCCUAUUACGAGCCGCCGCCAAGCUACAGUUCCUUGAACAAGAAAGAGCAGUAGCUCUGAUUUUUUUUCGCGGUAUGCUUAAAACGCGCCUUAUAAUCUGCUCCAAAAAGAAAAUAAUACUAGUGCAGUCACAAACCUAACGCAAAAGAUUAAAUUGUUUUUACUUUUUGAUUUUAGUACAUUGGUACACAUGCACACAGCAGAAAUAAAUAUAAAAGCAGAAUAGGUAUAUUGGUCGAUUAAUGCACCGUAGUAUAACCGUACUGUCGCCCAGUAUUUGAGACGUUUUUCAUCCAAUUUGCUCCUCACAAAUUUGAAAUCAUUACAUGGCAUUGAUCAUACCAUGUACAAGAUGUGUUGUCGAUUGAUAUAUGUUUCAAUGUUUUACCUGAUAGAUACAGCACUAAGCAACACAUAAGUAUUGAAAGGUUUAAAAAGUCUGAGGAGUAUUUGAGGGAUAAAACGCCAAAAAUAUUAAGCACUGGUAAGACGGAAGACAACAGAAUGUUGAACCGAAAUCAUUAUAUAUAUUCAAGUAACAAAACACCUAUGGCUUUGAAAAUGUAAAUCUUUAAAUAAAUUAUAUUGAAGGUCUUAAUAAAUCUGAUCUAUAUUAUACAUGUUAAAUAUAAAAA